AUGCUGCGCGCCAGAGUGGAAAGCUUUCUGCCGGCAUCCCAGGCGCGUGCCAACGCUUCCACCCGGGCACCUGCUCUCCAUCUGACGGAGCUUGGUGAGGAAGAACGGGACAAGAAGAUAAAAAAGGAGCCUGAAGGGCAACAGCCAGACACUGGGUCCAUGCGGAUGGGCACCAUGCGUGGUAGGCGCUACCUGCUGGACAGUGAGAAAGGGGGCAUCAGGAGGCAAAGAUCACCCGACUGGCUUUAUGAGUCGUAUUGCCGAAUGAGCCAGCAGCACCCGCUGGUCGUCUUCCUGCUGCUGAUUGUGAUGGGCACCUGCCUGGCACUGCUGGCUGUCUUCUUCGGAUUGGGGUUGGAUAUCGAAGCUCACGUCGCCUUCGUGAUCACGGUCCCCACGGCGCUUGCCAUCUUUCUCAGCAUAUUUGUUCUGGUCUGCAUUGAGUCCGUCUUCAAAAAGCUCCUGCGUCUCUUCGCCCUGGUGAUCUGGGCCUGCCUGGUCGCCAUGGGCUACCUCUUCAUGUUUUUUGGAGGCAUCAUUUGUCCCUGGGAUCAGGUCUCCUUCUUUCUGUUCAUCAUUUUUGUGGUGUACACGAUGCUACCCUUCUCUAUGAGGGAUGCCAUCAUUGCCAGCGUCCUCACCUGCUCGUCUCACUCGGUCGUCCUCAGUGUGGUUCUAUCAGCCCAUACUAACAGUACCGAGCAGCUGGUGUGGCAGAUUCUGGCCAACAUCAUCAUCUUCAUCUGUGGGAACAUGGCAGGAGCGUACCACAAACAUCUGAUGGAGCUGGCACUGAAGCAGACCUACCAUGAUACCUGCAACUGCAUCAAAUUACCCAUCAAGCUGGAGUUUGAGAAACGGCAACAGGAGCGUCUCUUGCUGUCACUGCUCCCAGCUCACAUCGCUCGAGUGAUGAAGGCUGAGAUCAUCCAAAGGCUCCAGGGACCGAACUUCGGCCAGGCAGAGAACACCAACAACUUUCACAACCUAUACGUACAGAGACACACCAAUGUCAGUAUUCUGUAUGCUGAUAUCGUCGGCUUCACCAGACUGGCCAGCGAUUGCUCUCCUGGUGAACUAGUCCACAUGCUGAACGAGCUUUUUGGCAAAUUCGAUCAGAUCGCCAAGGAAAAUGAAUGUAUGAGAAUUAAGAUUCUGGGGGACUGUUAUUACUGCGUCUCUGGUCUGCCGGAGUCCUUACCCAACCACGCCAAGAACUGUGUGAAAAUGGGCCUGGACAUGUGUGAAGCCAUCAAAAAAGUCCAUGAUGCCACUUGUGUGGACAUCAACAUGAGAGUCGGGGUGCAUUCCGGAAAUGUGCUCUGUGGCGUCAUUGGCCUCCAGAAAUGGCAGUACGAUGUGUGGUCACAUGAUGUAACGCUAGCCAACCACAUGGAAGCCGGCGGUGUACCAGGGCGUGUCCACAUCACAUCAGUCACUCUGGAGCACCUGAACGGAGCGUAUAAAGUAGAGGAUGGACACGGCCAUGAAAGGGACCCCUAUCUGAAGGAACACGGGGUCGUCACAUACCUGGUGAUCAACCCAAAAGCUGACAGACGGAGUCCCCAGCACCACUACAGACCCCGCCACGCCCUGGAUGGUGCCAAGAUGAGAGCUUCAGUCAGGAUGACUCGCUACUUGGAGUCAUGGGGUGCUGCCAAGCCCUUCGCCAACCUGCACCACCGGGACAGCAUGACCAAUGAGAACGGCAAAAUCAACACUUCUGACGUUCCGCUGGGUCAGUAUCACUUCCAGAGACGAUCAGAAAGAACUAAAUCACAGAAGAAGAGAUUUGAGGAGGAACUAAACGAACGCAUGAUACGAACAUUCGACGGCAUCAAUUCUCAAAAACAGUGGCUCAAAUCAGAGGACAUUCAGAGAAUAUCGCUCUUCUUUCACAACAAAGCGCUGGAAAAAGAGUACAGAGCAACAACGUUACCUGCUUUCAAAUACUACAUCACCUGUGCCUGCUUGAUCUUCUUCUGCAUCUUUGUUGUGCAGAUUCUCGUCCUACCAAAGACAGCUACAUUGGGGAUCUCAUUUGGAAUUGCCUUUCUAAUUCUCUCCAUGAUUCUCUUCAUCUGCUUUGUGGGCCAUUUCUUGCAUUGCAGUAAGACUGUAUCAGCAUCGUGGCUCUGGAUCCUCCGAUCCUCUGCCAUUAUCAGCAACAAGCCGUGGCCUCGUCUUACUCUGACCAUGGCCACUACCACUCUCAUCCUGGUAAUGGCCAUAUUUAACAUGUUCUUUUUGGAGGACGACGUGACACCUCAGCUCCCGCUUUAUAAUAUUUCCAAUGAAACUCUAUUUUACUUUGACGGGCAGCCGGUAGCUUUACUGGAGGGUGACAAUUUCUAUCUUCCUUAUUUCAUCUACAGCUGCAUCCUGGGUCUGAUCUCCUGCUCUGUGUUUCUGAGGAUCAACUAUGAGCUAAAGAUGCUCAUCAUGCUGAUGGCCGUCAUGUCCUACAACGUCAUCAUUCUUCAUACCCACGCCUCACUGCUUGAUGAAUACAGCAAGUUUCUCUAUAAAGAUGAGGUCCUGGACAGGCCUGGAGUACUGAAGGACCUGAAAACGAUGGGGUCGGUCUCACUGUUCAUUUUCUUUGUCACCCUGCUCGUGCUGGCCAGACAGACUGAAUAUUACUGUAGGUUGGACUUCCUGUGGAAGAACAAGUUCAGGAAGGAGUGCGAGGAGAUCGAGACCAUGGAAAACCUCAACCGGGUUCUGCUGGAAAACGUCUUGCCUGCUCACGUGGCUGAACACUUCCUAGCACGAAACUGGAAGAAUGAGGAUCUAUAUCACCAAUCGUACGACCUGGUCUGUGUGAUGUUCGCCUCAAUCCCAGACUUCAAAGAGUUUUACACCGAGUCAGACGUGAACAAAGAGGGGCUUGAAUGUCUCAGGCUGCUCAACGAAAUCAUUGCUGACUUUGAUGAAUUGCUUUCCAAACCCAAGUUCAGUGGAGUUGAGAAGAUUAAGACCAUUGGCAGCACCUACAUGGCAGCCACUGGGCUAAAUGCUACACCAGAACACAUACAGGAGCAUGACAGGCAGUACAUGCACAUUGGUACCAUGGUGGAGUUUGCCUUUGCGUUAGUCGGGAAGCUCGACGUCAUCAACAAGCAUUCAUUCAACGACUUCAAGCUACGAGUCGGUAUAAAUCAUGGCCCGGUGAUUGCUGGUGUGAUUGGAGCUCAGAAGCCUCAGUACGACAUCUGGGGAAACACGGUGAAUGUAGCAAGCCGAAUGGACAGCACCGGAGUGCUUGGAAAAAUACAGGUGACGGAGGAGACGAGUCGCGUUUUGCUGACGCUCGGCUACACGUGCUCGUGCAGAGGAAUAAUCAACGUGAAGGGUAAAGGGGAACUGAAGACCUACUUUGUCCACACAGAGAUGAGCCGCUCACUUUCACAAGGGAAUGUAAUGCCGCUACCCGAUGAACCCCAUAAGAUCGAUUAAGAACCAGAAACAGCAGCGAUGCUUGUAAAUAAUCUUGCCUUGUCCUUUAGAUGCAUGAGAUCUUGGAUGUUUAUCAAGCGAAAAUUAUUCGGCAGUAUCAUAAGCAGGGUUUGUGCACAGGGUACGACGCCUAAGUACAGUAGCAAUUUUUUUGUAAGAAAACCAAAUACAGGCCAAAAAAGUGUUUUGACGUUUUAAUGCCGUCAAUUUUUUUUCUUCUUUUUUGUAUAAAAACUUCAUUAAACUUUGUAUGUAACUUUG